AUGCCAUUUGAAAUCGUUGAUCGAACACUUCUUCAAGAACAUGUAAUAAUAACUCAAACGAAAGAUUAUGAGAUUAAAGCAUUAACAUUAAAUGGAUUAACAGGAUUCAUUCAACAUGAUAGGAUUAUUGCCAUCAGAAAAAUUCAGUUCAUUUUCUAUCCUGGAAAAUCCAAAGAAUCGAAAACCUUUACAAAACCAAACGAAUCAUCAUCAUUACCAUCAUCGUAUGAAUAUCCAUCGAUUAAAAUUCUUAAUAAUAAUAUUGACGUACUUUUGGAUGGAAAAGCUAUUCAAGUUAUGGCAAUUCAAUCACCAAUAAGAUCCAAAGAAAUUAUUGAACAUCUUGAAACAAAGAUACCUACGGAAUUAAGAUUGGAAUUAAAAUUAAAACUUGAAGGAGUUAAUGGAGGAGUAGGAGUAGGAAUAGGAGAUAGUGGAAGAACAGAUUUACCAGGAUAUAUUAUAACAGAAAUUCAAAGUUUUAUAACAAAUUUCUUGAAUCAACCACCUCAAAAUGAAAAUUCAACAUGUGAAGAAAUUCAAAGAUUUUAUGAAAAUAUUCGAUAUCAAUUUGAAGCACAAAUUGGAUCAACCGAGGAAUUGAUUGAUGCAAAUGAAAAGGAAAUAGAUGAAUUUAUGAAUCUUGUGGAGAAAUUCGUGUGUACAGCAUUAUAUGAGCAUAUUCAAGAUGAAAAUUUAGAAUCACAAAUAGCGGCAUUAAAUCUUUUGGGAUUAAAUCUUUCACAUUUGGGAGUUAAAAUUACAAAUCAUCAAGAAUAUAUAGAUUUUACCGUAAAAUUGGCUGGUACAGAAUUACAAAGUUUAGAUAAAAAGAAAUCACCUUAUGAAAAACUUGAUAAUAUUGUUCAAUGUCAUAGAGUAAUUGUUGAUGCACUUGAGAAUAGAUUAAUGAAUGGUAAACAUGAUGGUGGUGAUCCUAAUGCGGAUGCUAUUUUGCCUCUUUUAAUAUAUAUAGUAGUUAAAUCUAAUCCUAAAAAAUUGGUAUCGAAUUUAAGAUUCAUGCAACGAUUUCGAAUACGAAACUUUUUGCGUGGAGAAUCAUCAUAUUGCCAUACUAACAUUAAUGUGGAUUACAAAGGAUUAGGAUUAUCACCAGAUAAAGUAUUUAGCCGUAAUGUUGGACAAGAACUUGCUGAUAGUAGUUUAAAAGUUAUUACAGGAGUUAUGGAUACUUCAUAUAAAAUGAUUGGUCGAUCAAAUAAAGUAAUAAAUAAUGAAAAGACGAUUCAUGAAAAGAUGGCACCUCCGAUUCAACGAUUUUUGGAUUGUCCAAAUGAAGAAUUUCGUGUAUCUGAUGUACCCGUUAAUCGGGUAUUAUUUGUUAGAAAUCUUCCUUUUAAUAUUACUUCUGAAGAAAUGUAUGAUAUCUUUGGAAAAUAUGGGGCUAUACGACAGAUUCGAUUAGGAAGUGAUAAAGAAACUCGUGGAACAGCUUUUGUUGUUUAUGAAGAUAUCUUUGAUGCAAAAGCUGCAUGUGAUCAUCUCAACGGAUUUAACGUAAUGGGUCGAUAUCUUAUAGUAUUGUAUUAUCAACCUAAUAAAGUUACAAAGAAGAUGAACUUACAAAAGAAAGAAGAAGAAUUAAAAGAAUUGAAAAGUCGAUAUGGAAUAUCAGAUUCGGAUUAA